AUGCCGCUCCUCGUUCCCCUGAUGUGCAGCGCCACCGCCGGGCGCGGCGAGCCGUGCGCCGCAGGUGCAGAGCCUCGAGGGCGCUCUCGAGGGCACUCCUCCUCCUCCUCCUCCUCCUCCUCCUCCUCCUCCUCCGCGAUCCAGACCACCGCGGCAGCCGCCAAAAGGGGCACCACUGAGCCACUUCAACAGGAGGUGGCCUGGGCGCGGGCGCUGCGCUCCGAAGCGGAGGCCGGGCGCCGCCGCUCCCGAGGGCCUUCGACCCGAGACGGAAGCGGGCGGGCACGCGAGCGCCGUCUCACCCCCCCGGUAGACUUUGUUCCGUGUGCACGGUGGCGGAUCGGAUCGGCUUGUGUCGGAUACGAAGUAAUACAUAAACAGAAGAUGUCGCAGGUCCGCGCGGAGUUCUUGGAUCUGCGCUGA